GUCUUUUUUCUUUUUCGGAAACUACACUUUGUAGUACAUCCACUGGAACUACAUUUCCCACAAUCCCACUAAACGUAACAUGCGCACUUUCUAGAACCCUGACGACUGUUCUGGCGCGACUCAGUAUUCAGAAUAAGGAGCUAACGUCAGUUUGACCCAGCCUAUCGUAGAAGAAGUCCACAGAGCACGGUGACAGUUAAUUUUGGAUCUUUUUCUAUUCGACCGGGGUAUCACGCGAUUAGAUCAAAGUCGUUAAUAGCUGCUUACCCGCGUAGCUCUUCAAAAACAUUUAAUCGAUUGGGCCAGCAUGCAUCACCCUGCGCCCUCAAGCAGUGAGCUGAGCUGCCUGCCAGCCAUGUAUUCCUUUUCAGGCCCCACAAGCCUUCCCGACUUCGACCUCGGACCUUCAAAUAUGAUUGAGGAUGUACAGACAGCGACAGUCUCUAACAGCAACUGGGAGACUAGAUGCCUCAGGAAGCACAGGAGGAGAGCAGAUGAUGAGGGAUGCAGUGCCAAAAAGAGGAGGUUAAUGUUUGAGGCAGAAGUUGCUCCUUCAAAUUUGAGCACUAGCACAGAGUGUGACUGGUCUGGCGCAAACAGCUGCUCUCCUCAGUCUGCACAGCAAGCCUGCCCUGCGGCUCCACAGUCCUGCACAACAUCUAAAAACACCACUUUGCCGCAGACCUCUUCUUCCCUGUUCCGACUUGAGACGGAGAGCUCCUGCAUGGAGAUCGAGGCCGCACAGAGAAAACUUCAGGAGAUAGAAGACAGAAUAACACUGGAGGACGAUGAGGAUGAAGAUCUGGAUGUAGAGCCAGCUCCGAGACGCCCGGUGCUGGUGAUGUCUGACAGUUUGAAGAAGGGUCUGCAGCAGGGCAUCAGUGACAUCCUCCCCCACACAGUAGCACAGUCUGUGAGCCGUUCCUGUAUGGAGCUGGUGCUAUGGCGGCCACCAGAAGAUCCCUUCAGUCAGAGACUUAAGGACUCAUUACAAAAACAGCGCAAACAACAGACCGCGUGUCGGCAGACUCCAACUCCAUGUCCAUCUCCCAGUCCUCACAGUCCCCUUAACCCCUCAAGUCCACCGGCAGACACACACUCUCCUCUGUACAGUUUCUCUGUGGCCCACAACUCUGGGGAGGAGGAGAUGGAAAUGUAAUAGUGUUUCUCCACAAAGUGAUGCCAAAAUGAAAGACUGGACACUUGUAGCCAAGUGAAAAGAUUUAAAAAGGCGUGGAACAACUUCAGGCUGGUCAGUUUGCCUUUAUAUGGAUAUUGUGAAGUUUUGAACAGUUUGUGAAGCGCAUCAUUUUCUUUGCAGCAAUUUAUGUUUUCUGACUUUAAUCCCAUUCAGUCCCACUUGUAACAUAAUAACUGACAUAAUCUCCAAAGUCUGUCAACAAGUAGCCUUACAUAAUACUUCGCAGUAUUGUUUCCCGUAAGAAGUGAAAUGACUUUUACGUUGCCAAAGCCUGGCCAGCACUACGCUGAUGUGUUGUAAAUAUGAUUAUAUUUCUUAAACAUGAGCGAGGAGUAUCUGGAUUUUCAUCUUCUGGACGUUAACAUUUGGUCACAUUUGCUUGUGGCAUGCCUUCCUGCUUGUAGUAAUACUUCUGGUGGAGAGAUCAUCUCUAUUGCUCAGCAAGUAUGCCAUUAGGGGAGCUCGGAGGAAUUUAUAAAGUCAUGGAAAUGCAGAUUUUUAUGGUUUGACUGUAUUUUCAUAUGCACAUGACCAGAACUUCAGCUAGCCAUUGGGUGCUAUAAACUUUAUAUUUGUUUUUUAAUAAAUGUACAGUUUUCAUGUGUA